AUGCAUUUUACCAAUGUCGCUGCCCUGGCCCUUGGCCUCUUCGCCUCCUCCGGCCUCGCCAUUCCUUCUUGGGUCAAGCCUGCCACUAUCCAGCUCGCUAACGAGCAAUCUGGAACGAGUGCCAACGUCGCUGUCCCUGUCGAUGGUGUGAAACGUCCCAUCCAGGAGCUCUGGGGCCACACUGCAGUUGCACAUGAGGGCCUUGUCUUCGCUUCAAGCGCCAUGAUCACUGCUUUCCAGCAAACCACUGUUUGCGAAUUUACUGAAGGGCCACGUCUAGACGUGAAACUGGAUGCUGAGAAGACAUACGCUUCUUUCGGGGGAGGUGUGAGGGACCUUUGUGCCGCCUAUGUGGUGUGCAAGUGUGAGGGCAUGUGA